AUGAAUGCCCUGGAGGGCGAGUCCGUUACGAUGGAAUGCAGAUACUCUCGCAAGACCGAUGAUCGCUAUUUGAUCUGGGGUUAUGUUCCCCCACGCAGUGGUGCUAUCCAAGGGCUGGUCUACUGGAGCCCUGGAUCCCGGAUCCCCACGUUCGUGUCCGGGAAAGCUGACCGUUACGAGGCUGUUAAGGACUUUGCUCGGAAGCGCAUGACUCUACGGAUUGUCAAUGCUACAAAGCAAGAUUCCAGUCGAUAUUUCUGCCAACUUACAGACCAUCAGGUAACAGACAACAGGACAGACUUCUGCAGCUGUGGAUCAACAUUGAAUGUGCAGGCUGUGCCCCCUUCCUCUCCUCCCUCGGUCCACCUUCAGUACCCGCCCCCGGGGGAGAUCUCGGCCGAUGCCCCCACCAGCCUGCUGUGCCUGGUCACCGGAUUCUACCCUCCCCCCGUCCAGAUCUCCUGGUAUCUGGACGGCAGCAAAGUGCUGUCAGGAAUCAGCGAGUGGCCUCUGUCCAGAGACCCCCAGGACCGAUACACCAGCGUCAGCCGAUUGGAGAUCAGGAGCCGGGAUUGGGUGGAUGCAGGCAGCUACCAAUGUGUCGUCUCCCAUCCCAAACUGAAGCAGCCGAUCAUGAAGGAGAUCAGGACGAGCGCUCACCAGGAGACUCUUGUGAAUUAG